AUGUGUCUAGUCAGUGUUCUUAUCCUCCCAGACAAGUCUGGUACCAAUUUAUCGACGACGGGGGAUGAAAGACUUGGCGAGCACUACGUCGGAUUCGGACCACCGAUCGAUCGUGCAGGCAGCAGAACCUCUAACCGCUACACUACACCCAUCGGAAAUCCUCAGAAGCUUACUGGAUGCGAACGUGAAGUGAUCAGAAAGCAAGUUGGAGAAGCCCUUGCAGAAAAUGCUGAAUCGUUGGAAAAGGCGAAGGCCUAA